GUGUAUUGAAACAAAUUCUAAAAGUUUGUAUGAAAACCCGAUUCAAUUUCAAAAUCUUCGGUUCAAAAAUAAUGUCAAAAUUCAUCCAACUGACACCUCUGAUUGUACUAUAAUGAUUCAAUUGGGAUCUGGUAUUUUUGAGUGCGAUGUCGACAAUGAAGUUAUUUUAUCAGGCGAAAUAAGAUUUGUAAACGAUAAAGUCUUGGAUACAACUGAAGAAAAAUCAAUACAUUUAGACAAAACAACUCACGACUUCCUUGACUAUGUAUCAGAAAAUGAGAUAUUUUCUAUUUUAAAAAAUAAUGGAUUCAAUUUGGGAUUCAAAAACAUUACGAAUUAUAAAAUUUAUAAAAAUGAUAUCCAAGGUUCCGUUAAAUGGGAAAAUGACUGGAUAUAUUUUUUGGAAGGGUUAUUAAAGUUCCCAUUCUUGGAACAUUUAGGUACCGGCCCGAUAGAAAUUCCAAUUUAUAUAAGAGAAAUGUAUAUAAAUCCUGCGUUAUUUGAAAAUCUUUCAGAGAAAGGUAUAAGUGUCAGUUACAACAAACUAUCAAAUGGAUUAACUUGUGACGGAAUUAAAAUAUUAGGGGUUAAAAACGGACCCAUAUUAUUACCCAUACUUAACACUGCGGUAGUGAAAUUACAAGAAAAAUCCUUUACUAAAUUCAACAACUUAAAAUGCAAAGUACGUAAAUAUUAAACAUAAAAUAAAUUAGUAACCUUUCGAUAAAGA